AUGAAGCCUGUGUCGUUCUUCUCGCUGCUUCAGGCAGGACUGCUGACGACCGGAGUAGUGUCGCAGAAUAUCGCUUUCGUUGGCACCAACGCCAACGCCAUAUCAACCCUUAGCUUCGAUGCAAAGACCGGCGCCCUGAAGAUCAUCGGCAACAACUCUGAUUCCAGCACCCCGUCGUGGCAGGAAAUCUCCAAGGACGGGAAGUUGCUCUAUACCAUCGAAGAGACAUCAACUGAAAACGCCUUGACGAGCUACUCUAUCGCGCAAGAUGGGAAGCUGAAGAAGUUGAGCUCCAUAAAGGGGCUCGCAGGACCUGUCUCCUUGGAGAUGCACCCGAAGCAGCCUGUGAUUAUUACUGCAAAUUAUGGUUCCGCCAGUGCUUCGGCAUACUCCACCAACAAGGAAACCGGAGAGUUCAAGCAUCUUGGAGACUUCAUGUUCAAAAUGGAAGCUCCAGGAAAAGUACCGGAUCGUCAGGAUGCUCCUCACCCACAUCAAGUCCUCUUCGAUCCAACUGGCAAGUUUGUCCUCAUGCCCGACCUGGGCUCAGACCUGAUCCGCAUCCUCAAGGUCGACAGCGGACUGAAGUUCAGCGUUGCGCCGCCUUCCAAGGUCAAGGCUGGCACUGGACCGCGACAUGGCGUUCUCUACCCUGCCACAGGCAAGCCAAAGUUCUACUACGUCGUUGGCGAGCUUUCCAACACCGUCACUGUUCUGUCCGUCGAAUAUACGGCAGAGACCAUCAAGCUGACAGAGGUACAGACCAUGUCUACGCUUCCAGACGGCCAGACAGGCGCAGCCGGUGAGCUUAUCCUCUCGCCUUCUGGCAAACACCUGUACGCCUCCAAUAGGCUGGACAAGAUCUUCCCGGGCUCCAGCUCUGUCGCUUCAUUUACCAUCGACGAUAUGACCGGUAAACUGAAGCUUCUUGAGAUUUUCAACGGCGGAGUCGAAAAUAUUCGACACAUGAGUAUCCACCCUAGCGGAAAAUGGUUCGUGACUGAGGGCCAGGACUCGAAUAACAUCAAGGUGUUUACGCUUGACCCUGCUUCUGGGAAGGUGGGCACUGAGGCCAAGUCGACCGUGGAGAUCCAGAAGCCAGUUUGUUUGCAGUGGUGGAAUAACGGCGCAGAAGAAGGCGAGAAGGCCGAGACGGAAUGUGAAUAUGACUAG